AUGUCUACGGGUAUGGGAAACUUCUUCCGGAAGUUGGGAAGCGGAAAAGAUAAAAGCAGUCCAAGUUUUACAGAGAGAACGACGUCGUCUGCAUCUGAUAAACCAUCACCGUCUAAUCCUUCAGUCUCAGUUUCAGACAAUAUCAAAGCCGCCAAGAAGAAGUACGCUCUCAUCCCUGACCGCUUCGCUUCCCUGGACCAGGUUUCAAAAGCUCUAAGAGAAGCUGGUCUUGAAUCAUCUAAUCUCAUUCUUGGAAUUGAUUUCACUAAGAGCAACGAAUGGUCUGGGAAAACUUCUUUCAAUGGAAAAUGUCUGCACGCUCUCGGACAAACUCAGAAUCCAUAUGAAAAGGCAAUCUUUGUAAUCGGACAAACGCUGGCUCCUUUCGAUGAAGACAACCUCAUCCCCUGUUUCGGCUUUGGCGACUCAACCACACAUGACGAGGAAGUGUUCAGUUUCCACAGUGACAACUCUCCAUGCCAUGGCUUUGAAGAUGUCUUAGCAUGUUACAGAAAAAUCACACCUAACUUGCUUUUAUCAGGGCCAACGUCGUAUGGACCAGUCAUCGAUGCUGCUGUCGACAUUGUUGAAAAGAACAACGGUCAGUUCCAUGUUCUAGUGAUUGUCGCUGAUGGGCAGGUAACGAGAGGUUUUGAUACGUCUGAGGGGGAACUUAGUAAACAAGAGAGAACAACUAUCGACGCCAUUGUUAACGCAAGCUCAUAUGCUUUGUCGAUUGUUUUAAUCGGUGUUGGAGACGGUCCAUGGGAAGACAUGAGGAAGUUUGAUGACAAGAUCCCUAAGCGUGAGUUCGAUAACUUUCAGUUUGUGAAUUUCACAGAGAUCAUGAAGAGAGAUUCAUCAGAGUCAGCCAAAGAAACUGCAUUUGCUCUUGCUGCUUUAAUGGAGAUUCCCUUUCAGUAUCAAGCAGCAACCGAACUCAACUUACUCGGGAAAACAACCGGCGUAGCUAAGAAAAUAAAUCCGAGGCCACCACCUAUUCCUUACACACCUCCAAUUCGUACUGAACUACCAUCACCUGCAUCUGACGAACAUACUCAGAGUUGCCCGAUUUGUCUGACUAACCGGAAAGACGUGGCAUUUGGCUGUGGUCACAUGACGUGUGGAGAUUGCGGAUCAAGGAUAGAAAACUGUCCCAUCUGCAGAGUACUGAUCACAAGCCGGCUAAGGCUUUACACGUGA